GGAGAAAUUUUUAUCUGCAACAGUGCUUGACGCAGGUGGUGACGAUGGACACAUUCUGGCUUGGGUGCCUGAGAACACGUACAUGACGCCGCAGGCGAUAUGCUUCGGCUGGAAUGACUGCCUGCAACCCGGAGAAUCCUUUCGGAAUGAGCGUCUGACACCGUCUGUUCUCAUCGAAUAUGCGAGAUAUCAGACCGAGGUCUACGCCAACGACACGGUGGCCGUGAUGUCCGGCUGUGACCUGUGCUUUACCGACGCCAAGGACAGGUUCCUGAGGCAGGACGGCGUCCUGGCCAUGGCCAACCGGAUGUCGGCCGCCCAGCGGAAGCGGCGACGCGUGCACGUCGUGCACUCGACGCCCGCCUGCUACGUGGAGGCCUUGCAUUCCGCAUCUCGAGAAUGGCCUCGAUUUGAAGGAGACUUGCUGCCUUACACAGACCGGCCUGGCCGCACCUGGACUGGCUUCUACACGACCAGGCCCAAUUUGAAGAUGAUGGUGCGAUACGCCAACGGGUUUCUACAGGCAAGCAAGCAGUUAUCGCUUCAUGGGGGAGAAGAUGCUGUAGCUCGGGUCAAUGAGCUGGGCGAGGCGGUGGCUACUCUUCAGCACCACGACGGCAUCACGGGCACCAGCACGGAAGAUGUGGCCCACGACUACGCCAACAUCCUCUACAAAGGCAUCAAGAGAUGCGAGUUGGUGAUUGCCAGUGGCCUGGUCUCCAUGAUGAACCGUGGCGCCACACCGUCGACAGAAGUGGCCCACCAGCUGGGCUUCUGUCACCUCCUCAACCAGAGCGACUGCCCCCUCACUGAAAGAGAACACGAGUUUACCGUGUUGGUGUACAACCCAGCAAGCGUUCCACUCUCGUCGCACGUGCGGCUUCCCAUUGGUGGCACCGAUGAGCCGAUUAUGAGCGUCGUGGGACCUGAUGGAGAGAAGACCGAGUCGCAGGUGGUCCAAUUAGCUCCCCACCGUCAUGCCAUCCCGGAGGUUCUGGGUAAUGCCACGUCAUCACUGGUAUUUCAAGUAAAGGUGGAGCCAUUGGGCGCCAGCCUGUAUCAUGUUAAACGCGAACCAUCUGCUGUACAAGUGCCAAGGACUUCCUAGAAGUCGACGAACCAGCCAACUUCAUAGAGAAUGAGCGAUUCCGCAUCAUUGUGAACCCGGAGACUGGCCUGGUAUCGAACGUCGUGCUACUGCGGCGCGGGCUGAACGUCCAGCUUCGGCAGACGUUCGGCGCCUACUUGUUCGCGGCCAAGGCGCCGGGAAACAUGAGCCCGC